UCAGCCCACUAUACCAAGAAGUAUGUUAAGUAUUUGACUAGUUAUUAGAGACAAAAGCACUCUGUAUAAUCUUAAAUUUCAUUGGACGAAUUCUGCCUAUACUAAGUGGAUUGCAUAUCUUAUAAACAUUUUAAAAAAUCUGAGAAGAUCUCUUUUUUUUACUUGAGGUCAUUUUUGAGGAUUUUUUGCUUCAAAUUAAUAAACUUGACUAAAUAAAUAUCCGCUCAUAGACUGUUUUCAUAACUUCUAGAAUUUCUAGAGAGAAAAAAUGAUUUUUUUUUUCGAUAUUAGAAAUUAUUUACUAUCAUAUUAUUAUGAUAAUAGUAGAUUCGAAUGUCAUUCAAAAAAUCAUCGAAAAACAAACUAAAUAUAUUUAUAUCAUGUAGGUUAAGAAAUUCUACGAAAGAAUUUCUAAGUUAUAUUAUAUCAAUCCGAUAUUAUUGUUCUUAUUUUCAUUAUUGCUUUAAGAAAUAUAUUUAAGUAUGAUAAUAAUUUCUUUUCGUUACCAAGAAAACAGAUCUAAAAACAAUUUAGAAUUCGGAAAAAAUCAAAAAUUGUUUUUUUUGAUAAAAGUAUAACGAGUUUUCAUCAAUUUUAAGGAAGUUUUUUUAGUCUAAUGAAACUACUUAAUGUAUUAAGAUGAUAUUGUAUCACAAGUAUCAAACAUGGCUGAUGAAUGAUAGUUUAUGCUUAAUUGAAAAAAGGAUUUACUUUUAUAAAAAAAAAGUUAUACAAUUAAAAGAGCAGCUCAGAGACAAAUCCUAAUUAAUGUAUUAUAGAGGUCGUUUUUCAACCUCUAUCAUGAAAAACUUAAAGUGCACACGACUUUAAGCAUCUUGAUAUUUCAUUUCAUCAUUUUCUUUUCUUCUUUCGAACAUCCUAUACGACACGAAAAUGAGCUGAAUAUCGCUGAAAGAAUCGUAAGAUUUCCUUUUCAAAUUCUAAUACUAAACUAGAACAUAGAAAUCUCCUUAGAAUUUCAUGCUAAGCAGUUUUCUCUUCCUCGACAUCGAAAGCAUUUCCUUACGAUGUGCUUGUUUUUUAAAGACUACGUUACAGAAACACUGUCUCAUUUAUAGUACUUUCUCGUGUAUGAGAGACAAAAAUCUCUUCAAUAAUGACGAUCUCUUUUCUGUUUCGUUCAUUGUAGUAAUUCCUAAUAUUCCAGAGAAGGCGUCCUGGGUACUGAUUAGGAUCGACAUUUGUGUACUAAACAGAGAUGAGCAACUACACUCUAUCUCUCUCCAACUCCACAUAACUCCAGUCCUAUUUUCUAAGAUCCUACUUCAACUUCAAUUUAACUUCAAUUCCAGUCGGAUUUUACAAAAUUGAACUUCUGCCAAAACACUUUUAAAUACACAUAAGGUUUUGAACAUAAUUAAAUCUACGAUUGAUAUAAAUUAGUAGCAUAUUAAUUUAUUGUUUUAUAAACUUUCUCAUAAAAUUUAAAGAUAGGCACCUCCAUUCUGUCCUGUUCCAACUCCAUUUUCACUCUGAUGAGAAAAAGCAUCAACUUCGGAGUUGAAACUGCCCAUCUCUGAUAUCAACCAUUUCAAAAUACUUACUCUUCAGAUCCUCCUGAACAUAUCUAUAAUAUGCGAGCUUACAGAAGACUUCUCAGAACAAGUACUACAUAAGGGUUAUAGCAUGAUCCUCAUAGAAGAUACUCAUUAUUUUUAGAUUUUCAAAUCCCAUAAAAUCCAUAGAUCCCAAUGUUUGUCACUGGAGAACUCCGUUAGGAUUGACAUCCAUCUUUUCAACAUUUGCAAAAGUAGAAACCCUCUCAGAUUACAUAGAUUCGCGUGGAAUCCUCUCAACUUUGUUCAAUUUCGCCUGUAUCCAAACCUUCUCAUGAUCUUACUCAGAGUACAUCACGGUUGUUCUUCGAAAAGCUUGACAGAACUUACCAAAAGCCUUAUAAAAUUUCACCGGCAUUCUCUAUGCAAAUACUUAGGAGAUUCUUCGACAGAUCGACAUUCAUCAUACAGAAAAUCAUGUAUCCUUAAGGUUUCCUAAAAAACAUAGGGAUUAGGUUUGAUAUUUUGUUGUUCAACGAUUCGAUAUUCUUCUCACAAGAUACAGAUAGAAUCUUCUCUGAUGUUCAUAUAAAUGAUCAUUCUGCCAAAAAGAUUCUAAAUUCUUGCAAUUCUGAAAAAAUCCUCAGAUCCUUAUGUUUUUCUAUCAAAAACUUACACGGAAUUAGUAUUACUCUUUCUUGGAGAACCACCUUACAACAAUCUCAAGGUGUUAUUUUUAUGAUCAAAAAGAUCUUGGCAAGACCUAGAAGUAACAUAGAUGUAAGAAUCGUUACCAAUUCCUUUUUUUCUCUUAGGAAACUAAGAAAAGACUUCUGAAUUUUUAUCUGCGAAACGAGCAUUCUCAAAGACGAAUGUCGUAUUUGUAGCACGUACUCCCACGAAAGACGAGAUCUCUUCGAUAACGACGAUUUCUUUUCUUUUUUGUUCGUUGUAGUAAUUCCUAAUAUUCCAGCCGAUGCCCGUUGGAAACAGAAUGGAGUGACUGUUGCUGGUGGUCAUGGAGAAGGCAGUGCCACCAAACAACUCAACAGGCCUUUUGGUCUCUUCGUUGAUGAUGAUCAAACGAUUGUCAUCGCUGACUUCAACAAUAAUCGUAUCAUCCAAUGGAAGAAGAGAGAUACGAAUGGACAAGUAGUAGCUGGUGGCAAUAGCGAAGGAAAUCGAUUGGAUCAAUUGAAUUUACCAACAGAUGUGUUGAUCGACAAAGAGACGGAUAGUCUCAUUAUUUGUGAUGCGUGGAAUCGACGAGUCGUACGAUGGUCUCGUCGUAGUGGUACAAUUCAAGGAGAAAUCCUCAUCGACAACAUUGUUUGUUAUGGAUUGGCCAUGGAUGAUCAGAGAUAUCUCUACAUCUCUGACGUGGAAAAACAUGAAGUAAGACGAUAUCAAAUAGGAGACAAGAAUGGAACUAUUGUGGCUGGUGGCAAUGGCUAUGGUGCUGGUCUCAAUCAACUCAACUUUCCGACCUACAUCUUUGUCGAUCAACAACAGACUGUCUACGUGUCAGACUGGGACAAUCAUCGUGUGAUGAAAUGGAAUAAAGGUGCAAAAGAAGGAAUUGUCGUCGCUGGAGGUCAAGGCCAAGGGAAUGCUCUGACACAAUUGUCGUAUCCUAGUGGACUCUUCGUCGAUACAUUGGGUACCAUCUAUGUGGCAGACUCGGAUAAUCAUCGAGUGAUGCGUUGGUCUAAAGAAGCGAAACAGGGCACUGUCAUUGUGGGUGGAAACGGUAAAGGAAAAGGAGCAAAUCAGUUCCAAUACCCCAUUGAUUUGUCCUUCGAUCGUCAUGGUAAUCUCUAUGUCGUCGAUAGUGAGAAUAAUCGUCUUCAACGCUUUUCAAUUGAAUAGACUCAAAACGAUGGAUUAUUUUUUUUGCGUUCCUUUCCUUUCAAAUAAAUCGCAUUGAAUUGAUGAAAUGAAUGUCUAUUCUAUUCGCGCGCGCGACCAGGAACCAUCCUGGUGGAGCCGUGGCGAGCGUAACGCUCAUGCACGCACAGGACAGACUCAUAUCAUUCAUACCCUCCCCGCGAGAGAUAUGUCAAUGAGUCUGGAUAAGCCUGGUCGUGUGCCACGGACACCAAGACAGUUCCUGGCCGAGCUUUUAGGGACUACCCGGAAGUCCUUCAUAAAAGACGAAACCCUAACCCUCAACGGGCAGAACUCAUCCUCAUCUCCCACUAACACUCACUAUGCUAAGGCUCACCCUAACCUCGCUCAAUCUCAUCUCAAAAAAAAAAAUAAUAAUAAUAAUUACUCACGUAUUUUGGUGUUGGACGAUGACAAAGACGGCACGAUGAUGUUGAGGACUAAAAGAAAAAAAAAUUAUUAAUUGCAGAUAAAUGUAUCGAAAAGAAAAGAAUAACUUACCUCACUAUUAUCUGUUUCGUUGACUUUCCAAUACCUAAAAUCAAGAAAAAAAAUUAAUUAAAAAAAAAUCCACUUACUUGAAAAAUUUAAUAACUAUAACAAAAAAAAUGUAUAAAAAGAAUCAAAUCAAUAAGAAAAAAGAAAAAGAAAAACGAUUAAAACUUAUACCUACAUUUUUUUAAUUGCAUUGUAUUGUCUUGUUUUGUUUUCUUUGGUAUCGUCGAUAUUGGUCUAAAAUAUAAAGAAAAAUUAUUAGUAUUUGAUUCAAUAAAUUGAAUGAUUCUACAUAGAAAAUCAUUCAUAUAUAUACUCUCGAAAAGAUUAUUGGGAGAAAAAUUCAAUUCUUUUUUUUUUAGUGUGUGAUUAAUAGACGUCUAAAAUUAAGCUUUCAUCGGGUCACACACAUACAUUGAGAUAUAGUCAAUCACAGAUAUCUCAAUGUAU